UGUGUGUGCAGUGGAGAUCGUCCCUGAUGAAAGGAGCCACUAGGGUCACUUCCUGAUGAUGACAGUAAACAUGGAUACCGGUCUCCAAAAUGGACCUGGACCGCACAAGAACUCGCAAGAUGAUGAAGAGGCACUUUCCUCCAUAAUGAAGGACUUGGCGGCUUUACGCUUCUGCUACCACAUCAAGAGCAACAACAGCAACAAGCCCAAAAGCAGAAGCCCGUCCUACAGACAGGAUUUGCGGGUGAAGCUGGAGCAUGAGCGUGAAAAACGAAUAAUUCCCUUCCAGAGGCCGCUGAAGUUUAAGGAUCUGCUUCAGAAGGUGACAGAAGCUUUCGGGCAGCAAAUGGACCUGUACUUCACUGAGAAAGAGAUGUUGGUGGCUCUGAAAUGUCAGGAAGAUUUGGACCGAGCCAUUCAGGGUUUGAGCUCCAGCUCUGGAAUGAACAACCUGCUGCGAGUGAUCCUGAAAACACCUCCCAACCACCAUUUCCUCCAGGUGAGCGGCCAAGACAAGCAGAGCGAGAUGAAGUCAUCCAGGUCUCUUGGAGAUCUCAAAGCUUCAGUUCUCAAAGGCUCCGAACGAGUGCGCAAACACUCUACAGGGUCUCUAAACACGGGCCGCUCUUCACCACCUCCAGGCAGUGUCCCAGAGGAGCAGCAGCAGAUCGCGAGACAGGGCUCCUACACCAGCAUCCACAGCGAAGGAGAGUUCAUUCCCGAAACACUCGACUCCAGCAUUAUGGAGCCGUUCGGCAGCGCUAAUGGAUCUCUUUCCAGCAGCUGUCAGUCACUGGACCAGGCGCUGGACAGCCCGCCAUUCUCCCAGAACAACCGGGACAACAAUUACCUGAACCUCAACUACGAGUACAAAGGGCGACAUGGAAAACACGGCACAUUCCCUCGCCAGUUCCACAUGUCCAGCCGCAGUAAAGACUACGGUGACGGUCGGAGGACAUUUCCUCGAAGCUUCAUGCCUCAGGAGAAUCUGUUUCAGCUGGUGCCGUCCAGCCGCACGCGCAGCUACAAUGGAGAAAGCACAUUACUGUACAGCGGAGAUGUGCACUCCAUCAGCUGGAAUGAGAAGAACUGUCAGCUCAGCACUCCUAAAUCACCGAGAGCCCCGGUAAACUGGCGUCAGGGGAAGCUGCUAGGUCGAGGAGCUUUCGGGGUGGUGUAUCUCUGCUAUGAUGUCGAUACGGGGCGCGAGCUGGCGGCCAAACAGGUGCCCUUUGACCCGGAGUGUCAGGAGACCAGCAAGGAGGUGAAUGCGCUGGAGUGUGAGAUCCAGCUCUUGAAGAAUCUGCGUCACGAGCGUAUAGUGCAGUACUACGGCUGCAUGCGGGAUCCUGUGCAGAAAAAGCUGUCUAUUUUUGUGGAAUUCAUGCCCGGGGGCUCUAUUAAAGACCAGCUGAAGGCAUACGGAGCACUCACCGAGAAAGUGACCCGCAGAUACACACGGCAGAUCCUACAGGGAGUUCACUAUUUACACAGCAACAUGAUUGUGCACAGAGAUAUCAAAGGCGCAAAUAUUCUAAGGGACUCCUCUGGAAAUGUGAAGCUGGGAGAUUUCGGGGCCAGUAAGCGCAUUCAGACCAUCUGCAUGUCUGGGACUGGGAUCAAGUCGGUCACCGGCACCCCCUACUGGAUGAGCCCUGAAGUCAUUAAUGGAGAAGGAUACGGACGCAAAGCAGAUAUUUGGAGUGUUGCAUGCACAGUGGUAGAAAUGCUAACUCAGAAGCCCCCUUGGGCUGAAUAUGAAGCAAUGGCAGCCAUUUUCAAGAUCGCCACUCAGCCGACAAAGCCAAACCUGCCCGAGGGAGUUUCUGACGCAUGCAGAGACUUCCUGAGGCAGAUCUUUGUGGAGGAGAAAUUGCGUCCCACUGCCGAGGGGCUUCUCAGCCACCCGUUUGUCCAGGGCAGCUUCUGAUCAUGCAGACGCCCAGGGAAAACCAUCACCACUCCUGCCUUCAGGGUCCAGAGAAACCCACCUACCAGCCAACCAAGAACAAACACCACCAUAAAGAAGGAAUAUGAAUGAACGAAAUCACACACACAAAACUAUCAUGUUGAAACUGAGGUAAACCAAUGAUAGCACUUCUCAUAUUAGUAAUCAGUGUUCCUCAUGGCUUUGUCCCAAAUGACACACUUCAGUUAACAUCGAUGGGUGUCCCGUUUCCCAUUUUGUUUACUUAAUGGAUCUAUUUUGUGGUUUGAAGAUUAAAGUCAUACUGUGGGUUUCCAUUAACCCUCCCAGCAGGCACACAAUUUCAUAAGACGUUGAUAUUUGGUUAGAUUUAGGUUGUGAUGUUAGGUGACCAAAAUUCAAUGUCAAGCCAAUGUCUAAGGACCACGUUCUUUUGAUGUUCAAAAAUGACAUCAAAUGACGUUGAUUUUUGGUUGAUUUUAGGUUGUGUUGGAAAGUGACCAAAAUCCAACGUCGAGCCAACGUCAUAUUGACGUCCAAUACUGACAUUUAUUCGUCAGGUAUGGCAACCAAAAUCCAACAUCUGAUAGACGUCAUAGUGGUAACGUCCAGACAACGUCAAUCUGUAAUAUCAUUAGACGUUCAUAUUUGGUUGUUUUUAUGUUGCAUUGAAAAGUGAUCAAGCUUUUGUCAGAUGCUGAACACUGACGUUGGUCUGACAUUGGGUUCUGACGUCAACCCGAUUUUCAUUUCCACCCAAAAUGCAAUGUCCCCACGACAUUGAGGUACAACGUCUAUCUGAUGUCAUGUUGAUGUCCUGUGCCUGCUGGGCUGUGUUAAUGUGCAUUUUGAACUCUCGCAUUAGAAAUGAGUGAUAGAAAGGCCAAAUGGAAAGGGAUGCGACUGAUCAGGUGUCUUAUUAUGCUUGGCUUGUUUACUGUUGGUUACUACCGGGUAGUUACUAGAGAUUAUCAUUCAUUAUAAAAGUUCGUUUAAUCAUGAUAUCACUGGGGAGAUUACUUUUGAAGCACUUUUCACCCUACAGACUUCCAUUCAUACACUUGCAAAUGCAACAGACUGGAAACGCAAGCUCUUGCGACAAGUUUUGCAUGUUGCUGCGUUUAAAGGUUCAUGACCUCUCUGUUCAGAAAUUUGAUAAAGCGAGUGAUUGCUCCAUAUUUUAAUGUCUAAUCAUCUUGUCAUGUUGUGAUGUACGCAAUAGUUUUAUAUUAGUUUAUAUAGGUUACAUGGAGAAUAUUUCGCUCUCUCGCUUACAUAUUUGGGCUACAUGACAAUAUAAAAGCUUUUUUAGUCCUCCUGUAUGAGAUUUAAGGUUUGGGACUCUGCUGAAGUCUGUUCUGAAAUUAAAGCGUCAGAGUUGACGUCAUUCGCUAUGGUUUUUAAUGCCGCACAACUCGCAUUUACAGGUGAAAAUCCAAUCUACCUGCUUACAAUGAUGACACAAGGGCACAGAUCCGGUUCAUAUCAGAUACAUUUCCACUUAUGAACAAGGCCUGAAUCUGAUUCGAGUUAAUCGGAAUCCAUGUGAUUUUGUUUCCUGCUUACAUGUACAAGGGCCGAAUCUGAUCUAUACCACAUGGGAGAAAA